AUGCAGGGAAUCGAAAUGAAUGACGCCAUCAAGGAGUAUGAGUGGGAUGAUGAGGCGGAAGGUGAUUCUUUUGAUGAUGACGAGUCUGUGAAUCCAUCUAGUCAAGCCUCCACUGCAACUGGCGCGUCAAGUUCGAGAAUGAGCAAGUCUUCCAGAAAGAGAUCUGAAUGCUGGCCCAAGUCUGUAGGAGCUGAUGUAUCUAGAUGGCUUUUGGAAAACUUUGAGGCUCGAGCUGAUGCAUCUAUGCAACGAGAAGCUUUAUAUUCUUAUUACGUCUCUUAUCACACUACCAGCCAUGAAGAAUAUGUGGCGGCCGCAACUCCGGCAACUUUUGGCAAGUUAAUACGGCACGUCUUCCCAAAAGUCGGAACUCGUAGAUUGGGUUGUCGAGGCUCUUCCAAAUAUCACUAUAUUGGUGUCUGUGUGAAACCCGAUGGUCCAUUAGCUAAAAGCGGGAUGGUUAUCCAAACUACAAUCAUCACUCCUGAACUAGUCAUUCCAAAAAAGCCUACCAAAAGAUCAGCCAAAUCUAAUCUAAGCUCGACGUCCACAUCCGCAUCAACGCCCACUUCAACAACAGCCCCGCCAACUACGGCAACAAAGGCGCGUCGCGGGUCGUUGUCUGAAGCUUCAAGAACCAUCAAGAAAAACAAGGCAUCACCAUUAGCUCAACGAUUAGGCCGUUUACAACCACCAGGUGGUCUAACUCCUUUAAUCAUCCCAUCUCCGCCAUCUCCAUUCCUAGCCUCUCUACCAGGAACUCCAAUGCCGGACUUUGCAUCACUAGUAUUGCAAUCCCCACAAAUACCAACCUCUAAUACAUCACUUAUGGGAACCACACCAUUAACAUUCUCUGCUACCUCCGGAGCACUAAAUCCUUCCGUAAUGAGUCUACCUUUACUCUCAGGAAUGUUGGGUAGUCCAUUACAAAUGUCACAUCCUCAAAUCACGUCACCACCAAUGCAUUCCCAUCCGUUGGGAUUCUCGCCGAUUCAAGCUUGUAAAUCCUUUUUAUCUAUAACGCUUGAUGCUACUUCGACGUUUACGUGGCUGUGUGAAGAGGUUGAAAAGCUGUCGGCACAUAGUGAAGCUUUUGGAUUGGCAGUUGAAAAGAUUCAUUUGAAACUAUGUGCUACCACUAGAGAGUUUGUUGCAAGGUAUCCAGAUGCCAUGAUGGAUUGGAAUGCCGUCAGAUGGAUUGUGGAAUGCGAUAUCGUCCUUGCCAGCGCUGUUUUGACGACCCUCCACGAGAAACUGCUACUGCCGCAUACCAUCAGUCCCCAAACCGUAGACUCUCUUCGAUCGCUGCCCAAAAUAUUCGCUGCUGGUGUAUCUGUAUUCCCAAUUGGACACGCCGUCCACGUCAAGAAGGCUGAAAUCGUCAUUGCCUUCCAGAAAAGUGUAGAAAUGCUCAUUGGAUUCAUUCAUCUUUCGCUAUGCUUUGGUCAAAUCAUACAGGAUGGCCCUGUCGUUGAUUCUGUCUCCAAGGAAUUGGCUACUGUGGAUGCUGUAUGGGCUCAUGAUAUGUUUGUGUCCCAUUGCGGAGAUGAUAGCACUGCUGUGUUCAUGACAUUACUAUCCAACUUUAUCUCGCAAAUCGACAGCCGUCAAUCUCUUAUAUCAUGGGGUAACUGGGCUCAUUCAUUAAUGAAUGUUGGUGCUGAUCUGGAAAAGGGAAUGAGCUUAUCUAACGUCAGAACAUUCCAGUCUUCGUUCUCGUGGUUUAUGAAUCUGAUACUCAAGACCUACCACUUUAGUGAUGCUGCAAAUGCUUGGCUGGCUGUCUGCAAAUCAUGGAUGGAAGCUUAUUUCGACCUCUUGUCUGCCUUCAACCAAAAGGAUGCUUCGACCACCUCUUUCUCGGCAUGUGCUGUCCAACAUAAAGUCUGGGACAUGACAAAUCCAUUCCUAUUCCGAGAACUCGAACGCAUGCAGCACUUUGAAGAAUACGAUACUUUUGCCCGUGGUGUCGAUGUCGAUGUGCAAAAUGUGGAUGGUGAUUCUGAAUUGUCUAGCGAACAACAAUAUUGUUCCCUUCCUGCAUCGUCAUCUUCUGCCAUGUUUAGUCCCAGCAAACAGCCCGAUCUAGACUUUGUUGGGAUGAUGGGAAUGGGCAGUAGUAGUGCCACUAGUAGUGGUACAUUCAAUCCACCAUUCUUGACGUCACCUAGUCCGGCACUGGGAGCAUAUGAAGAGGGAUAUAGCUCUGAUGGAAUUUCAUCGAUUCAAGUCAAGCAAGAACCUCAAGACGAUGCUGUUACAAAGGGAAGCAUGGUUGGUGGUCGUGACACUUUUUGGUCUGGAGAGCCAGUACUUACGUCACCUCAUCGCUAUCGAUCUGAAAAGAGACAAAGACUCAGCACUCAAGACCUCGCAAUGAUAUUUAAUAAGCAACAGUCACCAAUCAAGCAACAAAAUCAUUCAAGUCCUUAUGAGCUCAUAUUAGACUCGUGGAGUACACCUACUGAAUUUGAUCGAGAUUUAAGCAGCAUCACUGGUGGUCUUGCUGGAUUCUGUGAAGACGAUUGA